CUUGUCUCAAAGGUGCGACCUCCUGUCUUACUUCUGCGGCUUCGCGACUCAAAGCGAAUGCAAAAGUUCUAUUCGGGCACUAUGAGCGGCACCAAAGCUGGGCUUCCCCUGCUUCGGAAGAUGCUCCGGAAGAUGGCGUUGCUGCGGAUGACCCUGUUGCUGCAGAAUUCGCCGAACGUCUCGGCAAUAUUUUAGCCAGUACAUAUGAUGCUAAGCAUAAGUUGGGCGCGGGAUUUGGAGGGGGAAAACAGAAGUUAAGGCUUGUUGUAAAUUGACAUCUACGUCCUUACACUGCAGGGAAUGUCUAUGAUGCUUUGAGCCUAUGUUGAGAAGAAGACCUGCUCUAACCACCUAAAAUAGAACCACAGACUAUAUUUACAGUAGAUGUUCACCUCCCAGCACGUCGAAGAAAAUAUGAUACAACAUUUAAUCAAGUGCAAGAAAAAGCUGCUAAAGCCUCUAAAACAACAUGGAGAGGAGCAACAGCA